GCACCCGUCAGGCGUGUCUCUGCGGCUUGCGCACCCGGAAGUGGAACAGUGGUAACAAAAGCAGCGGAUUCAGCAGACAGUUACACACCCUCAGCAUCAUGUCGGAUAAAAGCGAGCUGAAAGCUGAGCUUGAGCGAAAGAAACAGCGUCUGGCUCAAAUCAGAGAGGACAAAAAGAGAAAAGAGGAGGAACGGAAGAAGAAAGAGGCUGACCUGAAGAAGGAGGCUGUUCCCGUGCAGGAUGAUUCGGACCUGGAAAAGAAGCGCAGAGAAGCUGAUGCUCUGUUACAGAGUAUGGGCAUCACAUCGGAUGUGCCUGCCGUUACGGCACCCAUGUCUCCCACGGCCAAAUCUGUAGGCACUCCAAGUGAAGCAGGGAGCCAAGACUCAGGAGAGGGGGCCACCGGACCACGACGUGGUCCACUGAAGUUGGGUAUGACAAAGUUGACUCAUGUGGAUUUCCCCCCUAAAGAACUGGUGUCCUACACCAAAGAGACGCAGACGCCCACGAUGACCGCACAAAAAGAAGAGGAAGAGGAGGAUGAAGAGGCUCCGGCCCCACCGCCAGUGGUCGAGGCAGAAAAAGAAAAACCCGUGGAGACACAGGAGGAAGAAGUUCUUCAUGAGCUGACAGAAGAAGAGAAGUUACAGAUUCUGCACUCGGAGGAGUUUGUGAACUUUUUCGAUCACAGCACGCGUAUCAUUGAGCGCGCUCUGUCCGAACAUGUGGAUGUUUUCUUUGACUACAGCGGUCGGGACAUGGAGGAGAAAGAGGGAGAAUUGCAGGCCGGCACGAAGCUGUCUCUAAACAGGCAGUUUAUCGAUGAGCGCUGGUCCAAACAGCGAGUGGUCACCUGUCUGGAUUGGUCUCCACAGUAUCCAGAGUUGCUGGUCGCCUCUUACAACAACAAUGAGGACGCCCCACACGAGCCUGAUGGAGUGGCUUUGGUCUGGAACAUGAAAUACAAGAAGACCACACCGGAGUUUGUCUUCCACUGUCAGUCAGCGGUCAUGUCUGCAGCGUUUGCAAAGUUUCAUCCUAACCUGGUGGUGGGCGGCACUUACUCAGGACAGAUCGUCCUGUGGGACAACAGAAGCAACAGACGCACCCCGGUCCAGAGGACACCUCUGUCUGCCUCCGCACACACGCACCCAGUGUACUGUGUUAAUGUGGUCGGAACACAGAACGCUCAUAAUCUCAUCAGCAUCUCUACUGAUGGAAAGAUGUGCUCCUGGAGUCUGGACAUGCUGUCCCAGCCACAGGACAGUAUGGAGCUGGUGUUUAAGCAGUCGAAAUCUGUUGCGGUAACCUCCAUGUCCUUUCCAUUGGGUGAUGUUAAUAACUUUGUGGUGGGCAGUGAGGAUGGAUCGGUCUACACGGCCUGUCGCCACGGCAGUCGGGCAGGUAUCAGCGAGAUGUUUGAGGGGCAUCAAGGUCCAAUCACAGGGAUUCACUGUCACACGGCACCGGGGCCUGUAGAUUUCUCUCAUCUCUUCCUGACGGCCUCGUUUGAUUGGACAGUUAAACUUUGGAGCACUAAGAAUAACAAGCCGCUGUACUCGUUCGAGGAUAACUCGGAUUAUGUUUACGAUGUCAUGUGGUCUCCGGUCCACCCCGCUCUCUUCGCAUGUGUGGACGGACUCGGCCGAGUCGACCUGUGGAACCUCAACAAUGAUACAGAGGUGCCCACGGCUAGCAUGGCGGUGGAGGGAAGUCCUGCUCUGAACAGACUGCGGUGGUCUCAGUCAGGCAGAGAGAUCGCUGUUGGAGACUCAGAGGGACAGAUUCACAUUUUCGACGUCGGCGAGCAAAUCGCCAUCCCGCGGAACGACGAGUGGACGCGUUUCGUGCGUACGCUGGCGGAGAUUAACGAAAACCGCGAUGAUGCUGAGGAGCUGGCCGCCCAACGCCUCGCCGCCUGAUCGCCAUGGAAACCGGCUGCAGAUGUCAGAAACAGACAGUGACAGCUGUAAUCAGCUCUCUCUUUGGAAAUGAAAUGAGUCAUAGGAUGAUUUUCAUGCGCAAACCUUUGAUUCUGCUUUUUGUUUGGAAAAUGGAAUUCAUCUCCCCGAGACCAGAAGCCUUAACUUUUGCAUGCAAAAAAGCCAAGAAACAAUGAAUGUUUUUCGGUUUACUUUCAGGAUAGCUAUACAAAAACACAGACAAACUUCUCACAAAAUCUGUCCGGGGCGUAUUUGACAUAAAAAAUCAAAAGAAAUAAGAAAACUGAGCCUUUCUUGGGACCAUUUUCACGUGAUGGUUAAGCACAUUCGUCCUAGUCAGGUCUCAAUACCAAAACUACUGUUGAGCACACAAGUACAAAGACACAAAAAAUCAUUAUAGUCCCAAAAUAGGCUUGGUUUUCUUAUAGCGAAACACAUUAUAAUGAUUGUGUUGUUUAGGACUAGAGAAUUGUGGGGGAUCUACCUCUGUCACCUCUGGUAUUCUGCUCUGUCACACUUUAGCAUCAUGUAUUGAGUUUGGUGUAGUUUUCUGUUGCUGUGGACCAAAUGCUGGAAGGAUUUAUUUCUAACGCUCAUUUUCAAGUCUUGCUAUUGGUGUUUCUGUCUCUGUAAAGAAAGAAGGAGUUUGAUUAUCAGUCUGUCUGAAGUGUUUCAUGUGUCUCUCGUUGAGAGCAGCGUCUUCCUCUUCCAGUAUUACACAUCUGUUUUAAAACGCUAACUUUGGCAGGAACUUUUUGAAUGUCUUUAUCUACAAACUCUUUGAUAAAUCUGUUCUGAUUUCCCUCUGUCAGUCCUUCCUCUUGCUGUAGUAUUUAAGCAACAAAAAGAAAUGUCUCAACAGUAAUUCUAAUGUUCCUUGCAACGGUUUCCUACGAUGUUUAUCUUUAAAGGAUUGUGCAAGCAAAUCUGUUUCAAAAUGUAAGCAAUCUUGAUUCAUUUCAAUAAAUUACGAUAUAGUAA